CUUAGGUUUCCGUUGAAGUCGUGAGAAUCGUUUUGGCUUUGAUCGGAUACAAUAGCAAGUAUGAGUACUGUUCGUAAGAAAAGGGCUCGAAUUUUAUCCUCUGAUUCGGACGACGUUGAUCAAGGAAACCCUAAAACUCACGAGAAUGGUGAAAUUGGAGGAAAGAGUCAAAAUUUAGGGAAAAGUAAGGGAGGUGAUAUUGAGAAUGUUGUAAAGUCUAAUACUUGUUUGGUGUGUGAUGGGAAAGACAAUUGGGUGUUGGUAUGUUACGGAGAGGAAUGUCCUAUAGCUAUUCAUCAGAGUUGUGCAUCUGAUGAACCUGAUUUCGAUGAAUUCGGCAAUUUUUAUUGUCCUUACUGUUGGUAUAAGCGUGUUUUGCAACUAGAAAAGAAGCUUAUGGUGAGUGACAAGUCUAGGAAGGGAUGUAGAGAGAGUCUAGGAGGAGUAGAUUUGGGUUUUAUGAUGGAGAAUGAAGCUGGAGGUGUCGAGAAUUUAGUGGAGGUUAAUGUUUCAGGAGGUAGAACUAGAACAUUAGCAAGUGGUAAUCUUAGUGGGAAUAUAGGAGAAGGUGAUGGAUUAAACAGUAAAUGCAUGGUAAUGGAAAAAAAUCAGAUAAUGCAAGAAGUUGCGGCUCAGACUCAUUCUCGGGGAAAUUCUAAGGGUGAUGAUGCUGAUGUGGAUGAGGGAAGACAGCAGCAAGGAAGAUUGAGUGAGGAAAGAAAGAAGCAUAGAAGAUGUGAUGAUAUAAAUCAUGAAACAGCACAAGCGCACAGUAUUGAUGUGGUUGCCGAAACAAGAAACCCGAGGAGAUACAGCGGAAAGAACCAGCAAACCAAAAGAGUUGCAGGAACUCUUGAGCAGGGCGUCUUUAUUAACGAUCAUGGAACACAAGUGAGGGAUUCUGAUUUGGGUGAGGGAAGAAGCGGGCAAGGAUGUUGCCAUGGGAAUUACCUGCAAAAGAAAGCGUCAUCUACUGAAAGUUAUGAGCAGGAAGUCCCUAGGACUGAUAAUAGAGUAUCCUGUGGUUCUGGAUUAAGGGCGGUAAGAUAUCGGCAGGGAAGACAUAUUGAGAAGAACCGGCAUAAUGAAAUUGUUGUAACUGAAACUCAGGAGAAGGAAGUUUCUAAGGAUGUGGAGAGAAAGUCGGAACGAGGAGUGGAGAGAGGAAGAAGGAUAACAAGUGUUAAUUGUAGUGGUAAUAGAAGGGAAGUUGAUGAAUCAAACAAGAAAUGCAUGGUGAUGGAGAAGAGUCAUAAAAUAAAAGAAGUUGCUGCUGAUACUCAUUCUCUGGAAAAUUCUAAGGCUGAUGAUACUGAUUUAGAUAAGGGAAGAAAGCAGCGAGGAAGUUUUGUUGUGGGUGUCAAAACACGAGAGACGAGGAGAUACAGUGAGAAGAACCAGCAAAACAAAAUAGUUGCAGGAACUCAUGAGCAGGCCGUCUUUAUCAACGAUAAAGGAACACAAGCGUGUGAUUCUGAUUUGGGUGAGGGAAGAAGUGGGCAAGAAUAUUUCCAUGAGAACAACCAGCAAAAGAAAGUGUCAUCAACUGAAAGAUGUGAGCUCCCUAGGACCGAUAAAAGAGUGUCACACGGUUGUGGAUUAGGGGAGGGGAGAGAUUGUGAGGGGAGACAAAUUAAAAAGAACCAGCAUACCGAAACUAUUGAAACUGAAGCUCUGGGGAAGGAAGUGUUUAAGGAUAGGAAGAGAAAGCGGGAACGAGGAGUGGAGAGAGAUGUAGAUGAGUUUUAUUUGGCGGAGAAUCAAGACAGACAAUACCAACCUGAUAUGAGAAACGAUGAUGUGGCCUUCAAUAAGCAAGCGACUUGUUUCAGCACAGAUGAACAAGAAGAUCGAAAGUCUGUAUCGUCUAUCUCAUCUCCGGAGUCUACAAACAAUGUUAAGGACCCUAAUGUAGCUUCUCAAGAGUUAGCUUUGCUCAUCCACCCUAAGGCUGGUGUACAAGAACGACCUAUCGAAGCACGACCUAUUUGCUCUGUCUCUUCACAGAAACCAUCUUUUCAACCGGAAAAAUACGGACACAAAAGUUACCUGAAGAAGAAUGGAACUGCGUCUAAUGAUCCCGGACAAAGGAAGUUUGUCAUAUGCAGUGCUAAAAAAAGGAAAAGACAAUUUUGGACGCAGGCAGAAGAAGAUAUGCUUAGGGUUGGUGUGCAGAAAUUCCCCGGCGAGAGGAAUAUUCCAUGGCGCAAAAUCUUGGAAUUUGGUCGGGAUGUGUUUCACGAUGAACGGGCUCCAAGCGACCUCAAGGACAAGUGGAAGACGUUGAGCAAAAUGCCUUCUGACACGCGGAAAUGGGUAAACCUUUCAUCUGAAAGACAACCGAAUUACUAUGUGUCUGAACUAUCAUCAUUGGCCUUUGGCCAGCACAUUUCAUUUGGACCUACUACUGUUUGGCAAGUUACUGGUAUAGUAGGAAGUCUCUUCGGUGGAAUCGCCUACGGGUUUUUCACUCCUCUUAUGGCUACAUUCGAGGCUGUAGGAGAGUCUGUUACUAGCAAAUGCUACCAUUGCUUUGUUGAUGGUUCGUUCUCCACUAUUAAAUGGAGUUGUACUGUAGUUACAGACUUCACAGAUUUCUGCUUCCAUUCUUACUUCUCCUACAUGGAUGAGUUAAGAGAAAUGGUUUCCGCCGAUGUUGAACCUUUAGAGAUUAGGUUGUCUCGGCUACCUAGUUGUCUGCUUGCUAGUCUCAUAGGUGUGGUGGUAGAUGUUCUUCUCAUAACAGCUGUUGCUCUUUACAAAAGCCCAUAUAUGUUGCUCAAAGGAUGGAAGAGGCUAUUGGAAGACCUUGUUGGUAGAGAGGGCCCAUUCCUAGAGACUGUCUGUGUUCCAUUUGCAGGGCUUGCCAUAAUGCUUUGGCCACUAGCUGUCGUGGGAGCCGUAAUAGCUUCAGUGUUAUCCAGUUUCUUUCUUGGACUGUACAGUGGAGUCAUCGUUCAUCAGGAGGACUCUUUCAGAAUGGGGCUUAACUAUAUAAUUGCUGCGGUCUCACUGUUUGAUGAGUAUGUAAAUGAUUUACUCUAUUUGAGAGAAGGAACUCGCCUGCCAAGGCCUUGCUAUAGAACGAAGACAGAGACUGGUCAUGGGAAAAGAAUAUUAGGAGAGAGUAAGAACGUUGAUCUCAAGAGCAAAAGAAGCUGCUCCCUGGGUUCAAAGCUUGUUUCAGAACAGUCGAGGACACUGAAAAAAGCAAUAACACUAUAUAAACCAGUUCAGGUAUGGGAAUGGUUGUUUAAGUCGUGUGAGGUGAACGGGAGGAUACUUCUUCGCGAUGGCUUGAUAGAUGUGAAGGAUGUAGAGGAAUGUCUUGUCAAUGGUAAUUCUAAGAAGCUCUAUAUUAGACUACCCGCUUGGACCGUGUUACAAUGUCUCCUUGCAUCGGCUAAAUCGAACUCCUCUGGAUUGGUGAUCACUGAUGGCGUGGAGCUCACAGAACUAAACAGCCCAAGAGACAAAGUAUUUGUGUGGCUCGUUGGGCCUUUAUUGAUAAUGAAGGAGCAGAUAAAGAACCUGAAGCUGACUGCGGAUGAAGAGUUUUGUCUAAGGAAAUUGGUAAUGGUAUGCAAAAAUGAAAGAACCGAGGACUGGGAUAGCACGGGGUUCCCGUCAACUGAUACAGUAAAAAAGGCACAAUUGCAAGCCAUAAUCAGAAGGCUGCAAGGAAUGGUGGCAUCAAUGUCUAGAAUACCGACGUUUCGACGCAGAUUCAUGAACUUGGUUAAAGUGUUGUACAUAGAAGCUCUUGAAAUGGGUGUGUCAGGUAAUCGAGCUGGUGGGAUCCUCAAACCAAACAGCCACCAAACAGGAAAUCUGGAUCGGACUGAAACACCGGACAUGGAUGUUGUAUAAGUAGUUAUCGUAUCUUAUCUUUUUCCUUCUUCCUACGCCCCAGUCUUUCCUCUGGAAACUGUUAUUUCAGUUGUAUUUUAGGAUUUGUUGUAUAUUAUAAAGUGUUUUUUUUUUG